GCUAGUGAAAAUCAGACAGAAAGAACUAGAGUAGUACACAGAAAAGCAGAAACAUAGGCCCACUUUCCGUUUCUUCUUCCUCCUAUGUAUGAUGUCCAAAACACAGUAACCCUAAUUUCACAUCCACACACUUCACUCUCCUUUACGCUUCAAAAAAUUCCCAAAUCUGCCAAAACCCUAAAUAAUUCACAUUACACAGCCCUCUCUCUCUAUUUCUCUGUUCUUUAACUGCAAAAGCAUUUUUUUUUUUUGUUACGUUAUUUUUUUUCCGCAAAAAGCGUAAAGGGAAAAACUUGUUAAUCAAACAGGGAAUAAUCAUAUUUAUAUAUGUAUGUAUAUAUACGAUCAAACGAGUAGAUGCAUGUAGGUGGAAUAACGGGGGAUCUGAAUUGGUUCCUUCAAUUUAUAUUGACGUUAUUUAUAAUAGCUUUAGGAUUCCUUUACUUGGUAAAGAAUACCGCGACGAAGUAUUUCGAGGUCGACGGCAAUUUCGAAGGUGGGGGAGGUGGAGUUGGCACUUCUAUUUCUAAUCGGAAUAGCGCGGCUCCGACCAUUCAUAUGGAAAUGGAGGACUCUUAUUGUGCCAAUUGCGGCAAUCAUGGAACCAAGAAGUGCUCACGUUGUAAAUCCGUUAGAUACUGCUCAGCAAAAUGCCAAGAAACUCACUGGAAAUCUGAGCAUAAGUCAAAAUGCAAGGAUUUUGUCAGGGUAAAUUCAACACAAAAUUCAAAAUCCAGCUUUGGAUUAAAAGCAUCAGGUGUUGAAGGUAGAACUUAUUCUGGCAUUGCACUGGUUCCUGCCAGUGGGACUAGUAAGCUUACAAAGAAGCCAACAGAGGUUCUUUUCCCUUAUGAUGACUUCAUUAAACUUUACUACUGGGACAAGGCAGCAUUCCCUCCUUGUGGGCUCUUAAAUUGUGGAAACAGUUGCUUUGCCAAUGUGGUUCUGCAAUGCCUCACAUUCACACGGCCGCUUCUUGGUUACUUGUUGGAGAAAGGUCACCAAAGAGAAUGUAGACGCAAUGAUUGGUGCUUUCUAUGUGAAUUUCAAGUACACGUUGAAAGAGUGAGCCAAAAUCUGUGUUCUUUUUCUCCUAUGAAUAUUCUGUCUCGAUUGCCCAACAUUGGCGGUAACCUUGGCUAUGGAAGACAAGAGGAUGCUCACGAGUUUAUGAGGUUUGCCAUUGAUACGAUGCAAUCAGCAUGCCUUGAUGAAUUUGGUGGGGAAAAAGCCGUCUCUCCUGACUCUCAAGAAACAACUUUUAUUCAACAUGUAUUUGGUGGUCACCUACAAUCUCAGGUGAUGUGUACAAAAUGUGAAAAGAUUUCAAAUCAAUUUGAAAAUAUGAUGGAUUUAACUGUUGAAAUACAUGGUGAUGCUGCAUCCUUGGAGGAUUGCCUUGAUCAAUUCACGGCCAAAGAGUGGCUUCAUGGAGAAAAUAUGUACAAAUGUGAUGGGUGCAAUGACUAUGUCAAGGCAUGGAAGCGUCUCACCAUUCAACAGGCUCCAAAUAUUCUCACAAUUGCCUUCAAAAGAUUUCAGAGUGGAAGGUUUGGAAAAAUCAACAAAAGAGUAACUUUUCCUGAGACAUUAGAUUUGAGCCCGUACACGAGUAAAGGUGAUGGGACAGAUUUAUACAAGCUUUACGCUGUUGUGGUCCACGUGGAUAUGCUGAAUGCUUCAUUUUUUGGUCAUUAUAUAUGCUAUAUUAAGGAUCUCUGUGGAAACUGGUACAGAGUUGAUGACUGUAAGGUUCGAAGUGUUGAAUUGGAAGAAGUUCUUUCUGAGGGGGCAUAUAUGCUUUUAUAUAGCAGGGUUUCCGUCAGACCAUCAUGUCUUAAAACCGUGGGAGGUUUAAAAGAGCAGGAUCCGGCUAGAAAAGUUGAAAUAGGCAGCUGCACAAAUGAGAAAAUUGAAUGCACAAAGGAAAAGGAUUGCUUCUCAGUUCUGGAGUCUCCCGAGUCUCUAGUAUCUGAAAGGAAUUCAGAAUUUGUAAAUGAACAUGAUUUUGCAUCAAACUCAGCUGUUUCGAUGGAUAUUUCCUCUUGUGGAAAUAAGUCGUGUUCUAGAGUUGACUCUGAAGAUAUGGAUAUCAAGUCGUUGCUUUCAUCUGGUACAGUGGUCUUAAACUGUGACAGGGAUGCAACAGUUGCAUUUAACUCUGAAGCUGCAGGUGCAGAUUCCGAUCAUAUGAAUGCAAUUGAUUGUUAUUCAAAUACAUCUGUUCUGGUGGAGAUUUCUGAGGGUGAUAAGGAUUCAUCUUCUUCAACCAACUCCAAAGCCGUGGUGUUAGAAGAUUCUGUCAAUACAGGUCAAGUUAGCUCUGAAUCAAGUUCUGGUAUUAUUAAGGAUUCCAAAGUUAACGGCGAUGUAUAUUCCUUUUCGGGCCUGGCAACAACUAAAACGUCAACAGAGACAAGGUACCAGAAAUAACAGAUGGUUAUUGAUGACUAUGGAUCAUUUUCCCACUAAUUAUUCGUUCAUAGAAUGUUUUUCUUUUUGUUUUUAAUCCCGUCAUCAAAGGAGGAGCUGGUUAGGGAAUUUUCGUCUGGGGUUCCAUUAUUUUCUGAAAUCUUGGAUGUCACUUGUAACAAUUCUAGAUGAAGUCAAAUGAAACUAUGAGUAAGACUUGAAAUUAUUUUUGAAGAAAAUCUGAUAUUAUUGAAAGAAAUAGAUUGCUUUGUCUUC